AUGUCAUCUGUGAUUGCUUGGAUCAUUCCGUCCUGGACGGAAUACGGACCGGCCAAAAACCUUCUUAAUCGAGACGCUCUGCCAACAGCCUGGGAAGAUCACGCACCCGCCUCCCCUGAAGAUCCCAUAGAAUACUACUAUUGCACUGGCACGAUUAAAGAACAUGAUGUAUACCUAGUGAAUGCUGAAAAGGAGCGUUACGUAAAUCGUGCAGCCGAGAUAAUGGCUGAAGAGCUAAAAGCCCAAGGUAAGAACAUAAGUGUUUACAUCAUUGGCGGCCUUGACUACUUGGCGAACUACACACCCGGCCAUUUCAACAUUGGCGAUUGUGCCAUAAGCACUCCCGUCUUUGAUGAGGAAAUUGAGGCCUACUAUCAGAAUAUAAGAGAAAGUAUUCCUGAAGAGAGUCGAAAGAACGCAAAGAGCCUUCUCGAUGCGGUAAGCAGCCUUCUACAUAAUCAGCAGGGGUACACUAUUGGCGGUCGCACGUGCUACGCUCACGCUCUUUACGACCAGAACCAGGCAGACAUUGAGAGUCGCAUGUGUGUCAUACCCGGGCUGCCGUAUAUCACAGUCGUCGGCCUAUGCAAGGUUGACUUGGAUCAGCUUGAGCUUGCAUCUACAGCAUCUGCACUGACCAUCAUGAAAAUUAUUGAGCAAAUGGAGAAGCUAGAGUAA